AUGAAUCAAGAGCAGCACGACCAAUACGCCGAUUCGGAAGAUAUUGACAACAAUAUCCAGAACAGCAGUAAACUUUCUACUAAAGCUGUCGAUUCGGGAGAUAUUGACAACAAUAUCUACAACAGCAGCAAACUUUCUACUGAAGCUGUCGAUUCGUUUUGCCCUUUCUCAGACUCGGACAACAUAUCACCGACGACCGAGCAUCAUGAAAACUCCACAGCCAGCCUGUCGCCAACAGAGGAAUACGAUUCCGGCGACGACGAGACAACGGCCGACAUUCCAGAAAACAAUCAGGAAGUAGAAGCUCUGAGUCAUCAAGUGAGCAGACACUUUUGGAACAAUAACUUCUCGGCUCCCGUCGGUCAAACUUUAGCAAAGGGAGCAACUGUCCUGGAUGUAGGCUGUGGUGCCGGAGCUUGGCUGUUCAAUAUGGCGGAAACCUAUUCUAAAUCCAACUUUAUUGGCGUUGAUUUGCUACCUGAGCCUGGAUCACAGAUCCCAACAAACGUCUCCUUCGUCCAAGGCAACAUUCUUGAGGGAUUACCAUUUCCCGAUAAUAACUUUGAUUUUGUCACGCAGAGAUUUUUGUCGAUUGGAUUCUCUGACAAUGAAUGGAGGACGAGGGUGAUAGACGAACUGGUUCGAGUCACCAAGCCAGGCGGAUGGAUCGAGUUGAUGGAAUGUGACAUCGAACUGGUGAACGGUGGCAAUGAAACGAAAAGAAUUAUCGUAGCGCUACAACAUUAUUUACGCUCUAAGGAGGUCAACGAUAAGUUGGCCCAAGAAUUACACGAAUAUCUGGCCGCAAACGGCAAUCUGCAACAGAUUGAGCGAGAAACUAGAGAUAUAGAAAGUGGAGGAACGACCAUAAUUGCGCAGCAAGCCCGCAACGAUUAUGGUAAUUUCCUCAUGUCAGUCCGCGAUGGCCUCGCCGAUUCAAUGAAAAUGAGCGUCAAUCACUACAAUGCGCUUUGGGAGGUGAUUCAUAACGAAAUGAAGCGGCUGAACACGAGAAGACCAAUUCAUCGGGUCUACGCACAAAAGAAAGAAUUGUGA